AGAAAUGGCUAUCCAACAAAUUACGCAUGCGCAGAAGUCGGCGCUUUAAAACAAGUCUUGAGGAGGGAACAUGAAGGCACUUGCAGGUGGACUUGAAUUAUUAGUCGAGGAUAGCAGCUACUAAGUUUACAUGGGAAGUAGCUGUGGUUGAAUUGCGUCGCUGAGGCGUUGCAGAAUGAAAAGUCGAUGUGCUCGCCAUGACUCUGAGAUCGACCCUAUUUCCAAAUACAGGAUCCAAGCAUAACGGUGACACCGUCGACUUUCACAAAACGUAUAUUGGGACCGCCACUGUGAGUCCAGUGAGCCUCAAGAGGGAGUCCUGUGACUUUGUUAUAGAUGUUCAAGACGUACAAGGGGGCGAGAUCCCAAGCAAAUCAAAGGACGUAGACCAGAGUUACAUGACAAGCAAAGUUGCCCUCGCUGCCACAAUUGCAGAAGUAGUUCAAGGAGACAAUAAUACUGUGGGGAUAUUGUCCCCUGUCAGACAAAUGGGGGGUGAGGGAACCCCAGUGAAAGGUAAACCCCUCUCUAUUGGCAAUAUGGAUAACCCUCAGAUGGCUUUAAACAACAACCCUAAAGAUGCAGGUGCAGAGGAUAGUGCAAAAGGGGUUGUCCCUGGAGUUCUUGGUACUGCAUCUAUUGAACUCUCCUCUGAGGGAAAAUGGAGGAACAUCAGGAAGACUCCUGCCAAUCCACACACUCAAGCCAACUGCCUCCGGCAGAUUCUUCUCCUCCAGUUGGACCUCAUUGAACAACAGCAACAACAGCUGCAGUCCAAGGAUAAGGAAAUAGAUGAGCUCAAAGCAGACAAGGAGACACUUCUUGCCCGUAUUGAGCGUAUGGAGCGUCGCCUGCAGCUCACAAGAAAAGAUCCACCACGUGAUAAACGCCUCUUUCAGCCCCUAGAGCCAUGGACCCCUGAUAAGGAAGACAUGUGGGAUCUAGAUGUUGAGGAGACUCCACAGCCUAACCCACCCACUCCACUCUUCAGUCGGGGUGGCAAAGGUCAAAAGAGGAAAUCUUGCUUCGGAGAUCCAAAAGCCCAGAAAUCACGGGGUAAAUGUACCAAACUUAGCCCCCAAAAGUCUGAGAUUCAACCCAGCUCUCCCAACCAAAGAGAGCUGCGCAGUAAAGAAACUCCAGAGAAGACUGUGCCGAUGAGGUCAGGGGCAGAAAAGGACAUUUUGCUCCCCUGCAAAGAGGAGCCUGAGCUGAGCUGUCAGAUGGAAGAUCUGCCCUUCAUGUCAACCACAGAGAUGUAUCUCUGUUGCUGGAAUCAACCUCCUCUAUCCCCUCUGCGUGAGACUUCCCCUAAAAAGGAGGAAGAGGUGGCCAGUGAGUGGACUCCUCAUGUAGUACAUGAUAUGCUGAUUGUUUUUCCAUCCUGGAGGGAAAAUUAUAUCGAGCCCCUGCAUACUGACUCGUCCUUUACCCCACCUGAGGUGCUGGAUGACAGUGUGUUUCUAAAGCGUCAUUUGAAGCUGGAGUUGGAUGAGAAGAGGAGAAAAAGAUGGGACAUUCAGCGAAUCAGAGAACAGCGCAUGUUCCAGCGUUUACAGCAACGCAUGAACAGGAAGAAAGUUGUCCAAGAAUCUGAGCCGGAGCUUUCAUCUUUUUACCCUGACACCGAAGAUGUUGAAACUAUAGUGAUAACACCCUUCUUGCCUGUGGUUGCAUUUGGACGGCCAUUACCCAAACUCACUCAACAGAACUUUGAGCUGCCUUGGCUGGAUGAUCGAAGCCGAUGCCGCAUAGAGGUGCCCAAAAAACACACACCUCAUCGGACCUGCCGGAAGUGAAGACAGAGUGGCUUAAACAGCAGAUAGACACCACUCCAUGCUCAGCAUUGACGUGACUUGUCUGGGCCAGAGACUGUCACCAGUUGCUAUGUAUAACUGCUGUCACUUUCACUCUGAGAGAGUAAAUGACUCCCCAGUCUCAACAUGCCUCCGCAGAACAGCUGAUCUCCUGCAGAAUAUCAGAGGAGAAUGGGAGAUAGCUGUGCCAAUGGGUGUCCUAUAUUUGUUUCAUAUAUACCUCUGAAAGGGAGACGUAAGUGCUUGAUGCCACAAGAUUUCAGUCCCCCUGUUAGCAGCUAUUAAAAAUAACUCAUCCCUCAGAUUGUAUUCUACAAAAAAAGUACCAACAGUUAUUUGCAUGUUUUGAGAUAGAUUUAAAAUACAUUUUCUCCCUGCUGCACCAUCCAAAAUUGAUUUUACUUCAUAAAUAUGGGAUUCUUUUUAAAAAUAAAAACAUAUUUGCACUGUCAAAUGACAAGAUAAACUGGGGACUUUAAUCUUGAGCAUUCACUGGUUGCCAUUUUGACUGAAAAAUAGAGGCUUGAAAUGUUUAUGAUGAGCAAUAUGGCUAUAUCCUUGCUCUGGAUAGUCCUAUUACAUUCAUUCGCUCUGCCUAGGUGAAAAAAUAUCAAUCUGACUGUAUCGUACUGUGUAUUGCCUAUAUUACUGUUCACACACAACCUCAGAGAAGAUCUUAUCAAUGUUAAGUGUGAUAGCAGCUUUUGAUCCACACUCAGCAUGACUCCAUAAUAAAAACACAGUUUAGCAGCUUAUCAGAUGUUAAGAAACUAAUCUAUCAUACAAACAAUCAAAUGAUUGUGUUUAAUGUGGUUUCAUGGAAUCAGAGGUACACAUGCUAUUAGAACGGUGGUAAAUUUGGUGUGAAACCCAGUGUUCUGUUCCUGUUUUGUUAUUUUUUGUGAGUUGCAUGGACUCUAUUUAGCCGUAAAACAUGUCUCAAAAAAGAUGGUAGCAUGGCUUACCUGAGAUUGGAGUACCAUCUCUGCUCAUUGGACUAUAAAACUAUAUUAAUUUCAUGAAAGCAUGACUUGUGGCUGCUCUGUUCAGUGAGCACUACUGCUUUCAGCCUGAAUAGCCUUAUUAAAAGGUGAUCUGACAAUAGCAGUACAUCUUUGAUCCUAAUUUUCGUGUUUCCAAUCUUUCCAAUAUGCUUAUAAGCCAGUAAAUAUUAGGCAAGUUCUGUGUAUGCAUUGGUCUCUUACGGAUGCAGUACGCUGACAUUCAAAGGAACCAUUUUAGACUAUGAAUACGCUUUCUAGCAGUAGUUAUAGCAGUGUCCAGCAGUAUGCUAGUUAACAUGCUGCCAAUUAAUCUCUUUGUCUUGGUUACAAUCACAGUGAUUGAUUUCUGCAAAAGUUCCUUUGCUGCAUUUGCUUGCCUGUUUCACAUAUGAUGCAAUGGCUUUCUGCAGCUUCAAUACAACUGCCGAGCGUAUGUUCUGGCAGAUUUUGGAAAUACAGAGUUGAUUUUUCUGUACAUAGCUCUCAGAAACAAAUGUACAUAAAACAUGGCUGUUAUUUUUUUAUUAUUUAAUGUUGAAGUGUUGAGUACAUUCAAUAAUUGUUCUAUGAUUGUAUGUUGACAAAUUGACAGUUUUGAAAGUUAAAAUUCAGUUUUUGGAAUAAAAUUAACACACUGA